AUGACCCCCAGGAGUUCCGAGGAAAAGAUUUUAAGGUUUCGGAGUUUCAGAAUUUCAGAAUCUCAGAAUCUCAGAAUCUCAGAAUCUCAGAAUCUCAUAAUCUCAGAACCUCAGAAUCUCAGAAUCUCAAAAUUACAGAAUUCAGAAUCUCAGAAUCUCAGAAUCUCAGAAUCUCAGAAUCUCAGAAUCUCAGAAUCUCAGAAUCUCAGAAUCUCAGAAUCUCAGAAUCUCAGAAUCUCAGUAUCUCAGAAUCUCAGAAUCUCAGAAUCUCAGAAUCUCAGAAUCUCAGAACCUCAGAAUCUCAGAAUCUCAGAAUCUCAGAAUUUCAGAAUUACAGAAUCUUAG